GGUAUAGCGCACAGCAGUGGUGCUCGCUCGUCACGAUAUCCAUGGCCCUCGUGGCGUUCUACCACGUGAAGGCCGAGGUCAAGAGGGUAAUCGACAUCAAGGAGGGUGAGGACAUGCAGUCUGGGCGCGGCAUCGAGGUUGUUGGAGUACUAUUGAUACUGAUGGCCAUCGCCUCCAACUCUUUGGGCGCGCUUUUCAUGGAGAAGUUCCUCAAGAGUGGCAAAGGCGGCCAGGCGCGGCUGCACGUGCAGAAGUGCCAGCUGUUGCUCGGGGAGGUGGGCGUGAACGCCCUGCUGCUGUUGGCGGUGCCGCUCGCGGGCCACCGGGCCGCGCCGGCGACGUGGCGCGGCGGCCUCUUCGCAGGGUGGGACAUGCGCGUCCUCGUCUGCAUGCUGGUCUGGAUCCCCGCGGGCUGGACGGCCACCCUGCUCGUCAAGCGGUGCUGCAACCUCCGCAAGACGGUGGCGCAGGGCACCUCCGGAGUGCUCACGUACAUCUUCUCCGUGGUGCCCCUCGACAAAGGCCCUCGGUUCUGGACCAUGUUCGUGGAGUUGCUCGGCGAGCCCCUGAACCCGGAGCCCUUCGCGUGGCC